GCAGGCGGGAGCAGCCCGCCCCUCCUCCGCUGCAAUUGCAAAGCCGGACCCGGCGCGCACAUGGCGCUGCUGAGCUGCUGUUGCUGCCGCGCGCGCCGGGUCCGCCGGCAGAGACCGGCUCGAGCCGGUAUAAAAAGCUUGAGCUCGAGCACGGCGGCAGCACUGCCGCAGUUGCAAAAGGGACCGGGCGGAGGAGAGUCAGGUUGGCGGGGUGCGGAAGAGGGAGCCCGCCUAGCUAGCUGGCAGACAGGCAGGCGAGGAGCGGCGCGGCGCCCCAGAGGGACCCCCUUCUCGAAAAGCGAGGCGCGAACGGUGCACCCCGCUGGGUAUGGGGCAGCCUUGGCACCAGCGGAGAGAGCCUUGCGUCGGGUAACGGGGGUGGGGAAGCAGCGACCUGCUCCUCUCUUCCCCGCCGAAGCGAAGCGGGUCUGUCUGAGGCACAGGGUCCACCCUCUCCAAAAGGGGUCUCGAAGCUGAGGCGGCAGAAGGGUUGCGUGUUCCUCCCAGGCCACCUCAGCAUGUUACUGACCGGGUCAUAGGCCAAAGUUGCACUUCUCUGCAGCUCGGGGAGGAAUUUUUUUUUUCCUUUCUCGGUUUCCUCUGCCCAAGUUGCAGCUGCAGCAUCUACCGACUCGGUUAAAAAUGACUGUCAAAGCAUCAAGAAUGUCAUGCCUUGCCCCCAAUGUUUAUACUAAAGUGCCUGAUGGAGGAUGGGGCUGGAUUGUGGCUUUUGCUUUCUUCUUUGUGGAAGCCCUGACAUACGGCAUUAUCAAGUCUUUUGGAGUCUUUUUUAUAGACCUAAUGGAAAGUUUUGAUGAAAGCAACAGCAGGAUAUCAUGGAUUAUCUCAAUAUGCGUUUUUGUACUAACAUUUACAGCUCCUCUUUCUACAGUACUGACUAAUCGUUUUGGUCAUCGCCUGGUGGUGGUGAUUGGAGGUUUACUGAUCAGUACUGGGAUGGUCACAGGCUCCUUCGCACGCAGUGUUGUCGAAAUGUACAUCUCCAUUGGCGUAGUCUCAGGCUUAGGAUACUGCCUUGCUUUUCUGCCUACAGUCACCAUUCUUUCACAGUACUUUGACAAGAAGCGUUCAUUGGUCACAGCGGUAGCUUCCACAGGAGAAUGCUUUGCUGUCUUCUCUUUUGCACCAGCUAUCACUGCUUUGAAGGAGCACAUUGGCUGGAGGCACAGCCUCCUGUUGGUUGGCCUAAUGCAGCUUGGAAUUGUGGCCUGUGGAUUCUUGCUGCGGCCCAUCAUAAUCAAAGUGCAGGAAGAAGUGAGAGUGUCGGCAGCAGAAGAGCAGAGACAGACAAAGUACAUGCUUGAAAAUGAACAGACACGCACCUCCAUAGAUUCCAUUGACUCAGGAGUAGAAGUAACUACCUCACCUCGCAACACGCCUAGAGAUGCCAAAUCGGAACUGAAAAGUGAGGGACCACCAAAGGAAAUCACAGAGGUGCUCAUAGAAGCUAGUAGCAUCCCUGCCAAGGAACCAAAACCUCAACUCCUAGACUUCUCUGUGAUGAAAGACCAUGGCUUUAUUUGUUACGCACUUUUUGGUUUAUUUGCUACUCUGGGAUUCUUUGCUCCUUCCCUAUACAUCAUUCCACUUAGCAGGAGCCUUGGAAUAAACAAGGACCACUCUGCAUACAUACUCUCAGCGAUGGCAAUUGCCGAGGUCUUUGGCAGAAUCAGCGCCGGCUGGGUCCUCAACAAAAAGCCUAUCCGAAAAAUUUACAUUGAACUCAUCUGUGUCAUUCUGCUGGAUAUUGCCCUCUUUGCCUUCCCUUUUGCAUACAAUUUUUGGGGACUAAUGAUAUGUAGCAUUUACUUUGGGUUCAUGCUUGGGACAGUGGCAGGCACACACAUCCCUAUGUUGGCUGAAGAUGACGUCGCCGGCAUAGAGAAGAUGUCUUCUGCUGCGGGAGUUUACGUAUUUAUUCAAAGUUUAUCAGGGUUGGCUGGACCGCCUCUUGCAGGUGUGUUAGUGGAUACCACAAAGAACUAUAGCUCUGCCUUCUAUUCUUGUGCUGUUGGGAUGCUGCUGGCUGCCGUGUUCCUUUCUUUAGUGAGGCCUUGCAAGAAGGUACGUCAAAGGAAGAAGCACCCAGUAGAAGAGAAUGUGACAAAGCCUUUGCAGGAAGUAGUACCAGAAGACUUUAUAGAGCCUGAUCUUGGAAAAAAUGAGGAUUCUUCAAGAAGCAGUGAAAGCAUGGCCUGAAUAUUUUUUUACACUUACACACACACAGAGUUUAGAUUGGGGGGCAAAGCACGUCAGCCCUGAUCCACCUUCUCAAAUCUACACUUUAAAGGGAAUGCAAAAUCAUAAAUGUGAACAGAUGCUAUCAACCCUUUCAGAAAGAUUUGUUAGUUUUUUUGUAUAAACACCUCAAAUUCUGAUGCCCCCCCCCAUCAUUGACCUCCAUUAAGCGCACUCCUACCUAGCAUGAAGUUGUGGUUCAAAGUUAUCAUAUUCCCCAUUCCAAAAUCACGGGGAAGAAACCAACAUUAGACGAAGAACGAGGGUGUGUCUUGUAACAAAACAAGUUAAUUUGAACUUUUUAGUUGUUUUAAAAUCAGGUUAGAGUAGAUACUAAUUUCAGAGAAUGGGGGGGGGUGGUAAAGGGGGUUGAGCUAAAUGAUAUAUCGAAGAGAAUUGACAGGGUUUUGUUUUUAAAACUUGUUUGAACUCCAAAUAGGUUGGGAAGUUGGAGGUUACUAUUCUAUUUUUAUGGCCAGUUAUUGUGGAUAUUUCAUGGGACCAUUAUCUUUCCAGAUUUAACACUUAUACGGUCCAACCCUAUGUAUUCAGAACUCUUCAGUGCUUUCAAUAGGGCAUAUAUAAAAGUGGGCAUACAAACUGCAACCUUAGAUCUGGAAUCCUGUGCUCCCUUAAUAGUUUGGACAGGGUCCCUAUGAGGUAGAACUGGGCCAGACAUGGAUCUACUGGAUUCUAAAUUGGCCUGUUUUGCAGAGAGGGGCUUGAGCUCGACCCCUCUGCUGGACCCUUCUGGAGUUGGCAUACCCAAAAAGACCUCCCCCCCAAAAAAUGGUCCUCUUCUUCCACCCCCAAACUGGCAGGGCAAAAGACUACUGCUCCAGCCCUUCCUGGUCCCUCAUUAAGAUUUCCCAUCUCAUUGAAAUUCAGUGGGGAUUCCCUCUGAGCACGGCUGAAGUCAUGUUCUCUUUUUGGUAGUUAGAAUGAUAAACCAACUUGAUUGCAUUUUUUAAAAAAAUAUAAAAUAAAAUUACCUAUUUAUUUUAAGACUAUUAGACAAUGUCUGUAUGGGCAAGUGUGUGGGGGGGUAGGGGGUUAACACUUUUCACAGGUAUUUUAAAUGCAUUGAUAUUUUGUAAAACUUGAUACGGUUUUUUUUUAAGGUAUAGGUAGCAGUGUUAUCUGUUAUUUUCGAGACAAACAAUUUUAAAAAACAAAAAAACAAGGCAUGCAAACAUGCUGUUCUUGAAUUCAGUCCUGAACAGGAAUCGUAGUUGAGUAAAACUGAACCCAGUGGUUAAACGAUUUGCUGGAUCUAGUGAGAGAAUUUUCAAGACAAUAACUUAUUUUUACUGUAUGUUGGUUGUUUUUCAUUUCCUUUCCCCCCUUUUUUUUUUUGUACGUUGUGAAGCAGACCUUCAGCUUUCCCAGUGAGUCUCCCUACGCCUGUAGGCUUGAGCCAGGCUUGCACCAAAGUAUAUAGGCUUCACAUUCUCAGGUGGUGCAAGGCAUGUUCAAGCCUACAGGCACUGCCUUGUAUGGGGCCUUGAACUGCAUGGCAGCACUGACUGUGUGUGUGUGUGUGUGUGUGUGUGUGUGUGUGUGUGUGUGCCAUACAGCCCAAAGUGCUGCCAUUUGCAAGACUGAAAGCUGUCCCUGUAUUGAGCACUCAUGACCACACACAUGGCAAUCAUCAACUCCAUGCAACUCAUGAGCCCGUAAGCAGGCACACCAGGGAUCACGUGGAGCCAACCGUUAUGAACUGGGCCUUGGAGUCUCAUGUGUUUGUGAAUGUUCGCAAUGGCUAAAUUCUGCACACGGAUCACUAAAGCAAAAAGAAACUUGCAGUGUCAUUCUUAUUUUAAAUUUAACAAGUGUACUCAACAGCUGCCACAGGCAUGAGUAUGCCACCACCCUGGAUGCUCAGUUAGUCACAGAGUUGGGUUUGCUUCCCAUUAACACUCAAUUAUGUGUAAAGAAAGAAAAGGAUUAUUAUUAUUUUAAAAAGGCAACAUGUCAGCUGUUCACUUACACUCAAUAGAUAACUAUCAGUGGUAACACAAGCUUGCUUGUCCCACUUUUACGCGUCUUUUUUUGUCAAUGAGACAACUCAGGGGGACGAAAUGAGAAAAUAAAAAUGUUUCUUUUGGUCCUGGAUACGCACAGUACAGAUUCAAAUGCUUCUCAGUAUUUAAGUAGGAGUGGCAUUGUAUGCUGACUGCUCUGCUAAGAUGCUUAUGCAUUGUCAGCCAUAGAAAUGAGGGACAAUCUUGAUUUUAAAAGAGAAACCACUGGCACCCGAAUACAUUUUUUGAGGUCCUUGCCAUUUCAGCGUGGUUAAGGUUUAAACCCAUUUACGAAGAUGCUGGUUGAUCUUUAGUGGAACAUACUUGCAAGCUAACAAUGAAAUACUAGUCUGAAACCUGGGCAUGCUUAUUUGGAAGUUAUGUUCCACUCAACUCAUUUCAAUUCAGGCUGUUAAGUUGCCCCCCCCCAAAAAAAAAACAUGGGAAAGGGUGCUCUUAUCAUUAGGAGUGGCUUUUGCAGCCCACCCUCCUCCCUCACUGCAUGAAAACAACAGAAAACUGCAUGAAAACAACUGCAGUUUAGUGUGCUUUGAAUAACUUCAGCACUUUAUAAUGUACAGCAGAACCUUGAUAAAUUGCAGCCGCAAGUGGAAGACAUGCACCAUCCCCAAUGGGGAGGUGGGUCACUUUUCUGUUUUGGAACUAGCCAAGUAAAUGAACAAAACAUGAAACUUAUGUUUGCAAAAUUGUGUCAUUUAUUUAUUUAGCAAGCUUACCUUAUGAAUUAUUUGUCACUAUACCACUAGCAAAGCAGUUAACAUACUAAAUUAAUUGGCCAAAUUAAUGACAUCUCUGUAAUAAAAGACCUCAGUACAGUAAUUUUUGCUGUCACAACUUUGCUGAAGAUAAAAUGGUUAAGGCGCAUGUUCUGUGUUUGUGGGGAAAACCUAGCUGUCCCGCAGUUUAACAAGGUUCUACUGUGUCUUCUUUUUAUACAAGGAUUUCCGUUACUAAAUAAUAUGUGUAUAACUGACUGCAUCGUAAAUUACUGUUCCAAGUACAUACUAUAUUAGCAUGACUAAGAGCAUAUUUGUCUGUGCGCACAAAAGAUCCAAAAUCAGGAUAAAACAUGGAUUGCUGGUUUGUUCUGUACUGUAAUUAGUGAACUCUGGAAGUGCUACCAAACACUGAAUUUUGCAAUAAACUUUUUUUUAUUAAA